UUACGUCACUGAAAUCAUCUGGCUCUGGGAAGAUGCUGGCAGAGCCUACAGAAAUAAAAAAUGAAAAGGUUUUUUAUGAUGGAAUCGAAGAAUGCCUGGUUUUAAAUUCAUCGCAAUAUCGUUGACUCCGGCUACAACGCAAUCCCUCGACCUGAUGGUACAUAGAAGACACAGAUAUGACAUGACACAUCAACCCUAUUAUGUGCUGUUGUAAUGCACUGUCAUUCAGAGGAUCCAUCAGCUUUUGAGCCUAUGCUUACACUGGCCCUUUCUGGUUUCAGAUCACAGAUACCAUGCAAGGAGAUCUGGAGGAACUGUACCUUUACUUCAUCAAUAAAACAUUCAGUUUAAUGUUCAAACCAGUGUUUGAGAAUAAGUGUCCGUCCAAGUUGUUUAAGGUGAAGAACCACCUUCCUCAUUUUCACAGUCAAAUCAUAUAGUAUUUGUAAUAUUUCCCUCAAAAACUAUCACAGAUAGCCAACAUGUAUGGUAGUGCUCGCUCAGUCAACAAAAAUGACUCCAAGGCCAACCAUGGUGCAGGAAAGAAUAGCCAGAGCUCAGGACGCUCCCCGCGCCUGCCACGUUCCCCUCGCAUGGGUCACCGGCGCACCAAUAGUAUGGGUGGCAGUGGCGGGGGCCCAGGAGGUGGGGGAAAGACUCUCUCCAUGGAAAACAUACAGUCCCUCAACGCAGCUUAUGCCACCUCUGGACCCAUGUACAUGAGUGACAACGAGGUAGCUAUAGCCACCACCUCUGAUCUGCCCAAGAGCACGGUCACCCUGGCGCGCUCCAGUGGACGGGUGCCCUAUGGAGUCCGCGGAGCUGUCAUGGGCAGCACACCAGAGAUGGCGGUGGCACUUCCUGGCGUGGCGGUGACCCCCUGCGACUCGGUGGGUUUCGCAGAGCUCCAUGCGGCCUCCACGGUGCCCCACUCCCUGCGGCAGGCGCGGGACAACACCAUCAUGGAGCUGCAGGUGCAGCUGAAGGAGGUGCUGCGGGAGAACGAGCUCCUGCGGCGGGAGGUGGACAUCAAGGAGAGCAAGCUCAGCUCCUCUAUGAACUCCAUCAAGACCUUCUGGAGCCCUGAGCUGAAAAAGGAGCGCGCCCUGCGCAAGGACGAGGUGGCCAAGAUCUCUGUGUGGAAGGAGCAGUACCGUGCUCUUCAGGAUGAAACUCAGCAUCUUCAAACAACUAUACAAGCCCUGCAAGCGGAGCUGCGCAUUCAGCGUGACUUGAACCAGCUCCUUCAGCCACCCAGCGAGCCCCUGGCCUCUGAGCCCACAGAGGAGCAUGAGCGGCAGGCCCGGGAGCUCUUCCUGCUGCGCCGCACCUUGGAGGAGAUGGAGCUGCGCAUCGAGACCCAGAAACAGACGCUGCUGGCCCGCGAUGACUCUAUCAAGAAGCUGCUGGAGAUGCUGCACACCAAGGGGCCCUCGACCAAGGCCUGCGAGGAGGACCACGAGCGUACCCAGAGACUGGCCGAGGCCGAGAUGCACAUGCACCACCUGGAGAACCUGCUGGAGCAGAGGGACAAGGAGAUGGCCGCACUCAGGGAGGAGCUGCUCCGUCGCUAUGAAGGAACCCCAGACUCAACAAAGACCAAGGCCCUGCAAACAGUUAUUGAAAUGAAGGACUCUCAGAUCUGCUCUCUGGAGCGCGGCCUGCGGGAGCUGGAGGACCAGGUGAUGAUGCUGCGCUCCAGCAGCGCGCUGACCUGUGAGGAGCGCCAGGAGGAGGUCAAGCAAAUGGAGGUCUAUCGCAACCACACCAAGUUCAUGAAGAGCAAGAUGGAUCAAGUGAAGCAGGACCUUUCCAGAAAAGACAGUCAACUCCUGGGAUUGCAAACCAAACUAGAAACAUUGACCAACCAGUUUUCGGACAGCAAGCAACACAUUGAGGUGCUAAAAGAGUCGCUAACAGCUAAAGAACAGCGAGCAGCCAUCCUGCAAACAGAGGUGGAUGCUCUGAGACUGCGUCUUGAGGAGAAGGAGAGCACGCUGAACAAGAAGAGCAAGCAGAUCCAGGAGAUGUCAGAGGAGAAGAGUACCCUCAACGGGGAGAUCCAUGACCUCAAAGACAUGCUAGAUGUUAAGGAACGCAAGGUUAAUGUGUUGCAGAAAAAGAUUGAGAACCUCCAGGAGCAGCUGAAAGACAAGGAGAAGCAGAUCAGCAGCCUGAGGGAGAGGCUGAAGUCCCUCCAGACGGACACCUCCAACACAGACACUGUCCUCAGCACCCUGGAGGACUCACUUGCUGAGAAGGACCGCAUCAUUGAGCGUCUGAAGGAACAGAGGGACCGCGAGGAGCGAGAGAAGUCAGAGGAGCUGGACACCAGCAAGAAGGAGCUGAAGGAGCUCAAGGAGAAAGUGUCUCUCCUACAGGGAGACCUGUCAGAGCGAGAGACGUCCUUGCUGGAUCUGAAAGAGCACGCGUCCUCAUUGGCCUCGUCCGGUCUGAAGAAGGACUCCAAGCUGAAGAGCCUCGAGAUUGCCCUGGAGCAGCGUAGAGAGGAGUGCAGCAAGCUGGAGAACCAGCUGAAGAGGGCCAAACAUGCAGCUGCUGAUGCACAAGCGAACUCAGAGCUAUCUGAGAAGAUCGCCGCUCUGGAGACAGAUGUGGCUAGACACAGAGAGGAUUCUGGGAAGGCCCAAGCGGAGGUUGACCGUUUGUUGGAGAUCUUGCGCCAAAUGGAAAAUGAGAAGAAUGACAAAGACAGAAUAAUCAAUGAGCUGGAGAGUGUGACAUCGAGGCAAAUAAGGGAGCAGAGCAAGAAGGCCAGCACCCAGAAACAUCCUGCGGAGAAGGGCAGAAACAGCAGCGACGGUCCCCAGCAGGACUCUCUGCGGCAGAAGGCUGAGCGCAUCGAGGAGCUGGAGGAGGCGCUGAGAGAGAGUGUCCAGAUCACGGCUGAGCGGGAGAUGGUGCUGGCCCAGGAGGAGGCUGCUCGGGCACACCAGGAGAAACAGAUGGAGGAACUGCUUGCAGCCAUGGAGAAGGUGAAACUGGAGCUGGAGUCCAUGAAAGCUAAGAUGUCGUCUACCCAGCAGUCUCUGGCAGAGAAGGAGGCUCACCUGACGACGCUGAGGGCUGAGCGCAGGAGGCACCUGGAGGAAGUGCUGGAGAUGAAACAGGAGGCACUGUUGGCAGCCAUUAGUGAGAAAGAUGCAAAUAUUGCUCUACUGGAGCUGUCCUCCUCAAAGAAGAAGAAGACACAGGAAGAAGUGGCCCAGCUGCGCAGAGAAAAGGACCGCCUUGUACAGCAGCUCAAGCAGCAGACUCAAAACCGCAUGAAAUUAAUGGCAGACAGCUAUGAAGAUGGACACUUGAAAACACAAGCCAACCAAACCAAUCACAAGCCAUCCCCUGAUCAGGAUGAUGAGGAAGGCAUUUGGGCAUAACAUCAUUUUUUGGAAGGGUUUGGAGUGAGAACGGCCGUAAGACCAUGUCCCACUUUGACGACUUUAUCAUCGUCUGCCUUCCAGACAAGAGCCUCAUCUCCUGUUACGCCUGGCCCUGCUGUCAUAUCCACUUCUCACCCACCUCGAGAAUCUAACUGUAUUUAUUUGCACAAAAUGGAGGAGAGUAGAAAGAUCAGUGUCAAAAAUCAGUGUUGCUCCACUGUAUUCAUAUAGACCAGUAAAGGGCAACACCCUCCUGACUGUUGCACCCUCUUUGGGAUUCAGUUAGGUGAACCAUUCAGAUAAAUAUGUGAAGUUCUGAAAUGUAUCAGGGACGACCUUUCAUUACCCUGAAGUAAAAUGUGCAGUGUAGUCAAAUCAGUAUUGAGGUUACCGAGUUUAUUUUGACUGGGACUCUGCUGCUCUGAUUGGUUGGGUCCAUCCUUAACCGCAGUGGCCCAGAGGCCUGAAGCAAGGUACACUUCUCUGUCAGUAGCCAAAGUAAACAAAUUCUUAGAUUCUACAAUAAUCAAAACAGCAAAUAACAACCGUACAGGUGUCAUGGUGUUGUUUUGCAUGUCCUACAAGUUUUUACACAUUCCCCAGACUCUGGAAAAAAAUGGUUGUCUCACCUCGACUAUAAUAGAUCCCCUGCUACUUUCUCUCCUUUCAUGCAACUCAUCCUGUAGCUGUGGGCUUAAUUUUCAAUGACUAAACAUUGGUGCAUUUGUUCAAAUAUAGCAUACUUCUUUGAGUGACUUGUGCAAUGAUUUUUUAAAUAGUGUUUUUCCUGUACAGUAUGUGACGUUGUGUGAAUAUGCCAUUGAUUUGACACAGGACGGGAAUGCAGCACUUACUAGGGCUACUUGUUACACAGACAGUGCAACAAAAGUAGCUGUUGCAUUUCUAACUGCAACAAAAUUACUGAAAGUAAUAUGAUAUAUUUUGACAACUGUGCCACUUCUUUAGAUUUUGAACAUAUAGCCCUAUGUGUAUGAGGAGGAAGAUGGAUGAAUUUUCCUUCAAGAACAGGGGCAAAGUAGCCUAGCGCUGCCAUCCAACACAUUCUCUCUACAUUCAUUUUGUGGCCUGGACGCCAUCUAUAAGGACAUCUAUGUAGACAAUUAUUACAUUGAAAUGCAGUACUACAUUGAAAGAAAUUAUAUCAACUCAAUCAUACUGAUCAUACCAAUCAUACUGAACCUAGUAAACAAAAAAGCCACGGUCAUCUUCUCCAGACGUAUUUUCCGCUCAGGUGUUAAACAAAUUUAUCAAGAGUAUCCAUAGCCUCUCAGUAAAAACCUGAUGUCAUUGUAGGAUCUAUGUGAAUCCUCUACAAGCACGUCCAUAGUUCUAAGGGUAGCUGGUUUUCAAAUGCCAGGUCUCCCUUGUUGUCGUCACCUGAAACACGUUCCAUGGCUCAGAGAUCACUCUAGUAAAAAAUCUACUAGUUGGGUUGAUUUUCAUCUGGGGGUUCCAGACUAUACUCAUAACAAUUGGCUGGCAGCUCUAGUGUGGUAGUGCCCGCUAGAGGGCAAAGAACUCCAGCAUCGAAUAUCGGCUCUUAUCAGCCAUGUGUGGAGCUGACUUCAGCCCUGGAUAUCUGCCUCAUGAGAUCACAUUGCUGGAUUGAUGUGCUUUCAUGAAUGGAGAAUAUCAAAACCAAUCUGUCUCCUCAUGCUCUGUCUUGAAUCAAUCUGUCUAUCUCCCUCUCUCUCUUUCUCUCUCUCUCUAAGCCUUCUACCCUCUAGAUACUUUUUAUCUGUCAUGUUUUAAGAGAUUUUGGCCCAGUGCUGUAUCUUUGUGUGUUGUGAGAGAGUGUAAACUCUUGUAAAACAAUGUAAGAGAUGUGUGUGAGUGUUUUGACUUUGUAAAUAUGUACAUAAAUGUGUCUGACCUGUGUCUUUCA